AUAGUGGGAUCCAAUUUCGAGCAAACGAGUAAACAGAUGUUUUGUUAAUAAUUGUUUCUUUUUUUUUUUUAAUUUGUUGUUAAAUGAAAAAAUUUAAAUCUUGAUGACGUAUUCAAGGUGCUAACAGAGUGUCCAUAACUGCAGGUAACCACACCUCAGCAAAAUGGACCUGAAUUGGGUAUUUUGAAGAAAUUGGGAAACAAGCCUCCUUCACAAUUGUGACCAGGGAAACAAGGAAACAUCUGCAUUUGUAUAAUCUCAAUCAAACAUAUGUAUAAAAGAUGGACACCCAAUUGAAUACACAGCGAAAGAGAAGAGAAUUACCACACAAGUGUGUAGAGAAAACUAUUUAAACAAUAAGAAAAAAGAAUUGUAAACAAACAAAAACCAAGGGGGCUGGCGACAGCCAAGCCGAGACAAACUUCUGUUUCUCGUUCCCAGUUCAAUUCUCAAUCCCAACUCGAUCAGAACACAAAGCUAGAAUUAUUAGAAGAGAAGAAGAAGAAGUGAGGAAAUUGAUUUGAAUAUUAAUUUGUUGUUGUUGUUGUUGUGGUUGCUAUUGUUGGUGUUAUGCAAAAACUCGUUUGCUUUUGGGUUAUUGAACUUUUGACACUUGACUUUGCCGGCUAAAGUUAACGACGACCAAGAAGAACAAGAAUUAUUACAACGUGUCCAACAAUUUGGCUUAAUGCAAGUAUACAAAAUGACUCGUGUACCGGAGCUAAUUAUAUGCUCCUUUAUAGUGAUCAGUUUACUGGUCAUACACUUCUUUUCGGACCUGUUGCGCGCUUCAUUAGGCGGUUUUUAUGCCCACGAUGUGACCCUCUCACAAUUGGUGGAGGCCCAAAGUUCGGAAUAUGCCUGGCUAUUGAAAUUGCUGGUCAAUUGCUUUGGCUAUAGUUGUGUCUUUGUGCCCGGCUAUCUCAUCUACAAAUAUGUCCAGCGCACAAACUACUUGGAAAGGGGACAGAAGAGUUUCCUUCACACGGCCAUCAAUAUGUGCAUUACAGGCAAUUCCAGUUAUGACACCGUAGAUCCCAAUCAUAUGACCCUUUUAACCGAAAAAGAGCGUCCAAAUGUAUCAGUUGCUCCGAAGCGGACUAGCUCCCAGGAGGCUUUUCAGCUGCUUUGGUGUUUCGGUGGUCUUAUGGUCUCGUAUCUCACCUGGGGUGUGCUGCAGGAGAAGAUCAUGACGCAGAACUAUCAAAAUUUUGCCGGUGAAAGUUCCAAAUUCAAGGAUUCACAAUUUUUGGUAUUCUCCAAUCGCUUUCUCGCCUUCCUUGUGGCCCUUGCGUAUCUGCAAUGGAGUCCAAGUGCCACACGUCAUCGCGCUCCCUUAUAUAAGUAUUCGUAUGCCUCGUUUUCAAAUAUUAUGAGUGCCUGGUUUCAAUAUGAGGCUCUGAAAUUUGUUAGUUUCCCCACUCAAGUGUUGGCCAAAUCGUGUAAAAUUAUACCCGUCAUGUUGAUGGGAAAAAUAAUGUCGAAAACGAAAUAUGAAAAUUAUGAAUAUGUGACAGCCUUGCUAAUAUCCCUGGGCAUGAUCUUCUUUAUGGGAGGAUCAUCGGAUAGCGGAAAAGCCAGUGGUGUAACCACAUUGACUGGCAUCUUCCUUUUGUCCAUGUAUAUGGUAUUCGAUAGCUUCACGGCCAACUGGCAAGGAUCGUUGUUCAAGAGCUACGGCAUGACCUCCCUGCAAAUGAUGUGCGGCGUAAAUUUGUUCUCAUCGAUCUUUACGGGAGCCUCGUUGUCCAUGCAGGGCGGUUUCAUGGACUCUUUGGCUUUUGCCACCGAGCAUCCGAAGUUUGUGUUUGACAUGAUUAUACUAUCCAUAUGCUCAGCUGUGGGACAAUUGUUUAUCUAUCACACAAUCGAUGUAUUCGGGCCAGUUGUGUUUACCAUCAUUAUGACGUUACGCCAGGCUGCUGCCAUUAUGCUCUCCUGUUUCAUCUAUCAGCAUAGUAUAUCGAUUUUGGGCAUCUUUGGGGUCCUUAUCGUUUUUGUGGCCAUCUUUUUACGCGUCUAUUGCAAUCAACGUUUGCGUUUGGCCCGCAAACGAGCAGAGGCGAAUAAACCAAAAAUGGCUGUCUAACAGUCUAUAAUUAAUCUGUUAGUCCUGCGGCCACGAAUUUAACGCACAGACUUCCAUUUAGUUUAGUUAUCAUCUAAAAAUAAUUGUGCAGUUUUUUUGUUUUGUAGUUUUAGGUUGAAUGUUUACUUAUAUAUUGGCAACAAAAGCAGAGGCUUUGCGAUUUUUAUGUAGUCGUGUGCUUAAUGUGAAUUUUAUAUUAGAGUAAUUAAAUAUUGAUUUAAGAAACUAUGUGUAUUGGAAUAACGUGUAUGUUUUAUAAAAGAAAUUUAUUGCUUCACCAAAAAGUAUGCAAUAAAAGUGAUCUUUAAGCUAAAAUAUUCUCGAAAUAUACAAAAGAUUCACCAUGUAUUGUCUUUAAA